GAAAAUUUCCGGGCAUUAACUUAUUCUUGGGUUAGCAGGUGGAGAGCGACAGACGCUUCAAAAUCUUAGUGAGUGAGAGACAGAGCGAGGCAUGGUAAUGGUUCUGCGAGUAGGACUGUGGGAGUACGUUCCCUCUCAAUUUCUGCGCUGGCUCUCCUGACAGCUCGUAUCAUUUAUCCGUCUCUCUCUCUCUCUCUCUCUCUGUUUUCCAUUUGUCUGGGUUGCAGAAAUGAUGACUGAAAAAGAGAGACUGUGAAAGACCCAGUGAAAGACGUGAGAGAAAGAGACUCUGAGGUUGCCUUGCGUUCAUGGUGUCCAUCCCCCUCACUUCUACCCUGAAACAAUGGCUUUCGAGUUCUCCCUUCUAUUGUUCUUGCUCUGCUCCUCUGUUUCUCGUUCUCUCUCAUACGAACCUCGCAAUCCAGAAGUUGAAGCUUUGACGAGUAUAAGACAAGCUUUGAAUGAUCCUCAUGGAGUUCUGAACGGUUGGGAUGAGUUCUCUGCGGACCCCUGUAGCUGGUCUAUGAUCACAUGUUCCCCUGAAAAUCUUGUCAUUGGCCUGGGUGCUCCGAGCCAGUCUCUAUCUGGAACAUUGUCUCCGACGAUUGGAAACCUCACAAAUCUCCGACAAGUGCUAUUGCAGAACAACAACAUUUCCGGCGAGAUCCCAAAAGCGCUUUGUACUCUGCCUAAACUCCAGACUUUAGAUCUCUCCAAUAACCGCUUCUCCGGCGUUGUGCCGGACUCCCUGGGCCUCUUGAAUGGCCUCCAAUAUUUGAGGCUGAACAACAAUAGUUUGUCUGGAGCUAUUCCCCUGUCUUUAAGCAAAAUCCCUCAGCUUGCUUUCUUGGACUUUUCUUAUAACAAUCUCAGUGGACCUUUGCCCAAGUUCUCAGCUAGAACGUUCAACAUUGUGGGAAAUCCUCAAAUUUGUGGAAGCAGCACCACCGAAAGUUGCUCAGGAUCAACCACUCCAAUACCUCAUCCCUUCUCCCUAAAUUCAUCUCCAGGAAAACCCAAGGCCAAGAAUGUAGCAAUUGCACUAGGGGUUAGCCUCAGUGUCGCUUCUCUCCUCUUCCUAGCAUUUGGAUUCCUUGUUUGGAAGAGAAAGAAGCAAAGGAAACAAGCCAUCCUAAACAUCAGUGACAAGCAAGAAGAGGGACUCAUAAGCUUAGGCAACCUAAGAAACUUCACGUUAAGAGAGCUCCAAAUUGCUACAGACAAUUUCAGCUCCAAGAAUAUACUUGGUAGUGGUGGAUUUGGUAAUGUGUACAAGGGAAAGCUAGGAGAUGGCAUUGUGGUGGCAGUGAAGCGGCUUAAGGACGUAGCAGGCACUGCUGGUGAAUCCCAGUUUCAGACAGAAUUGGAGAUGAUCAGCUUGGCAGUUCACCGGAAUUUACUCCGGUUGAUUGGAUUUUGUGCAACCCCAAAUGAGAGGCUUCUGGUGUACCCAUAUAUGUCCAACGGCAGUGUGGCCUCCAGGCUUAGAGUAAAACCAGCACUGGACUGGAAUACUAGAAAGAGGAUAGCUAUUGGAGCAGCACGGGGUCUUUUGUAUCUGCAUGAGCAGUGUGAUCCCAAGAUAAUUCACAGAGACGUCAAGGCUGCUAACAUACUCUUGGAUGACUACUGUGAGGCUGUUGUUGGUGACUUUGGCCUUGCAAAGCUCCUUGAUCACGGUGAGUCUCAUGUUACUACUGCAGUCCGAGGUACUCUUGGGCACAUUGCGCCAGAGUACCUUUCCACGGGCCAGUCAUCUGAGAAAACAGAUGUUUUCGGAUUUGGAAUCCUUUUGUUGGAACUCAUAACUGGAAUGAGUGCUCUUGAGUUUGGCAAAACAGUUCAUCAGAAAGGAGCCAUGCUUGAAUGGGUAAGGAAGAUACAGCAAGAAAAGAAAGUGGAAAUGUUAGCAGAUAGAGAGCUAGGAAGCAACUAUGACCGGAUAGAGGUUGGAGAGAUGCUGCAAGUGGCACUGCUCUGCACUCAAUACCUGCCUGCUCACCGCCCCAAGAUGUCUGAAGUGGUCCGGAUGCUUGAAGGGGAUGGCCUUGUCGAGAAAUGGGCAGCCUCCCACUGUCAUGAUAAUCUCAGUAUGAACUUUUCCCACCCCACCAACAACAACAAUACAACGGUACGCCCUACCAUGGCCUAUAGGCAUGAUGACAAUGAUCAUGAUCACUCAAGCAUGCUAAGCAAAACGAUGGAUGAAGAUGAAGAUGACCAAUCUUUUGAUGACUAUGCCAUGGAACUCUCCGGUCCAAGAUAAAGCAACAAAGAAGAAGUAAAUAUAUAUUUUUUUCUGCUCAAUUAUUCACAAGCCAAAAUCAUAUGUGUGAUCUACAAAAUGAUAGGUUUAGUCCUCUGCUUCCGAAAUUCCUUCAAUUCCUACAAUGUUCUAUGUGUGCUUUUAAAAGAAAAAAAAAAUGUUAUUGUUGUAUAUAUGUUGGUAUCCUUUGCAUACAAAAUCCUCUGUAUUUGUAAUUUGUGGCAAUUAGGAGGAAAUGUCAAGAGGGUUUUGUGUUCUGUUGCGAGGAGGUGGUUUUGUAACUUCGUAUUGCCCAAAGUGGCCUUUGUGGAGGGUACAAUGGAACAUACUGGAUGCUCUGCUCCCAAGUGAGACAAGGAGUCUUGGGAUAAAAGCAAAGGAUUUUGACGUUUGACUGAA